GUCAGCUGAUCUGCUUCAGGAGGAUCUGUUUUCUUGGACACCCUUGACGUCAUCUCUCAAAGUAUGUCUACUUUAGAAAGUUUAACUCAGGCAGCGUCUGACAGUAUUGAUAAAGCUGCUACUGAGCUCAAUAAUCUGAGCCAAGAAAUUUGGAAGAAACCAGAACUCAAUUUCAAAGAAUAUCAUGCUCACCAAGUAUUGAGCGACUUCUUAGAGAAACACGGCUUUAAUGUGGAAAGACAUUAUCAUCUGGACACUGCAUUCCGAGCUACUUAUGGUAAUGAAGAUGGUUUGAAUGUAUGCGUGAUAUGCGAAUAUGAUGCAUUACCUGAAAUUGGACAUGCAUGUGGUCAUAAUUUAAUAGCAGAAUGUGGAGCUGGUGCUGGAUUAGGAAUCAAGGCAGCCAUGGAAGCUGCUGGGAAACCAAUGGGAAAGUUGACUGUGUUGGGAACACCGGCUGAAGAAGGUGGUGGCGGUAAACUUAAUCUGAUUGAAGCUGGUGUGUUUAAAGAUAUUGACAUUGCCAUGAUGGUUCAUCCUGUGAACAGAACAAAUACUGUUCGCCCGAUUGCGUUGUCAAUAAUACAAAUGAGUGCGGAUUUCAUUGGUAAAGCUGCCCAUGCAGCGUACGCACCAUGGGAAGGCAUCAAUGCUUUGGACGCCGCUGUGUUGUUUUACCAGAACAUGUCAGUCAUGAGACAACAAAUGAAAACGACUUGGAGAACUCAUGGGGUGAUUACAAAUGGUGGUGUCAAGCCCAACAUCAUACCUGAGAAGACAAGAGUUGAAUACUAUCUACGUACACCAACUGUGUCUGAACUGCAAGUAUUACAAGGGAAAGCCAAAAGAUGUGCGGAGGGGGCUGCACUGUCAACAGGAUGCACGGUGGAAUGCAAAUUCCAUACACAAUACAAUAACAUCGUCUCGAAUAGGACACUGGCUAAUAUAUUUCAAUCACAUGGUGAAGCUCUCGGGGUGAAGUAUAUUGCAGGUAAUAUAGCAGUUGGUUCAACCGACAUGGGAAAUGUGACGUACGAAGUACCAGGUAUUCAUCCAAUGUACGGACUGGCUACUGAUAGUGUUAAUCACUCACAGGGAUUCACUGAAGCUACAGGUGCACCUGAAGCCCAGGAACCAACAUUGACCAACGCCAAGGUCAUGGCGUAUACGGCGCUGGAGGUUCUAUAUAAAGGGGAAGACAUCAUGAAACAAAUUAGAGAAGAUUUUAAAGAAGAUAUGAAAAUUAAUUAG